UCCCCUUUAAGAUCCUGCUGGUUUUUAUUUUAUUGGUAUAACACAGAAAACCUGUUUCCAUGGCUAGGUCACUUCCUCAAAGCAAAGUCAUGCCACUUCAGAUGAGUGUGUUGGUCGAAUCACAAGUACUUCAGAGGCAGGACAAGUGAAGAGAAACAGCUAUCAGGAGAAGAGCAGUCAAACCCUGUUGAAAUAGCUGUCUCCUCCCUUGUGAGACUGUGAAGCCAUCUACCAUUGGCCUCAGUUGAUGAGUUUAAGGUAUUCCAGGACCUGAAUCUGACAAAAUGCAUGGUGGAAAUAUUUUGCACCACUUUCAGAGGGUUUGGGAAGGUCUCCCAUGUUCCGUGCUGUGCUGCUUAGCCGGGUGUCACCCCGAAUGUUCCCACUUCUGGCUGCUGCGCUAUUCCAGAGGAAAGAGAGGAAGGAUACCGGGCUCUAUCACUGGCGGCGUGAGAAGCAUCCUUACUACAACCUCACAAUAAAAGUCCUCAGAGCCAGAAACAUCAAGGGUACAGAUCUAUUGUCCAAGGCAGACUGCUAUGUGCAAUUGCGUCUACCAACUGCAUCUCCAAUCACUUAUCGAACUCAGGUUGUUGACAACUCCAGUAAUCCAGAGUGGAAUGAAACCUUCCAGUACAGAAUCCACAAUGCUGUCAAGAACAUUCUGGAGUUGACUCUCUUCGACGAAGAUGUUCUGAUAAAUGAUGAACUUACUUCCAUUGUCUUUGAUGUGGGGGGUAUAAAGCCAGGCCAGCCUUUAAAGCGCACUUUCAAGUUAAACCCAGAGGCUCAGGAGGAGCUGGAUGUAGAGUUCUACUUAGAAAAAUGCUCAGAUGUCCCUAUUGAGAUCCUCACCAAUGGUGUCCUUGUGGCUCAUCCCUGCCUGUGUCUCCAAGGUGUAAUCAACAAAGAUGAGAAGUUAAAGCAUAGCGAAAAGGGGAGCUGUCAGAUCAAGCUAUCAAUGCUGGGGGCCUAUGAGAAACAGUUGUGCAUUCCCUGCAGGCUGGACAAUGAUCAAGAUUUUGGGACCCCAUUUGUCUUCCAUGUAGACAAAGAAAUGUGUCCAGACCUGGAGGUGGAACUGGAGCAAACAAUAACUGUCUUACAGGAUGAAAUAAGCUCUGAUCAGGAGAAGCACACUACGCUUCUGGGACAGGGGACUAUACCAGUUAAAUCACUUCCUGUUGGACAGAAAGUAGACAAGGCUAUUCCUUUAGGAGAGGGACAAAGUUUGGAUCUGAGUGUGAAGGCUGAAAAGAGCACUUGGGAUCUUGAUGUACGCCUUGGUUUUGACCUCUGUGAAGAAGAGAGAGAAUUUUUGGAUAAGAGGAAGAAAAUAGUUUCUCAGGCACUAAUGAAGACACUUAAGUUAAGAGAAGCCCCUGGGAAAGAUGAGGUCCCAGUGGUGGCAGUUUUGGGAUCUGGUGGUGGGACUAGAGCAUUGACAUCAUUCUAUGGCAGCCUGUCAGGGCUUCAGCAGCUCAGCCUUUUGGACAGCACAAUGUAUCUGUGUGGAAUUUCAGGUUCUACUUGGUGUUUGUCUGAACUGUAUCAAGACACAGACUGGUCCUGUAAGGACCUCCAAGGUGCAAUCAGCAAUGCCAGGGAUAAUGUAUCUAGUAGCAAAGCAGGGGCAUUUUCCUCAGAACGACUGAAAUAUUACUUCCAGCAGCUGAACUCAAUGGAGAAUGAUGGACGGAAAGUCUCUUUCACAGACUUGUGGGGCCUUAUUAUAGAGUAUUUUCUACAUCGGAAGGAAGACUUGUCAAAGCUGUCUGACCAACAGGAAGCAGUGAAGAGGGCACAGAACCCCUAUCCCAUCUAUGCAGCAAUCAAUGUGAGGCCCAAUAUUAGCGAUGAUGACUUUGCAGAGUGGUGUGAGUUCACUCCCUAUGAGGUUGGAUUUCGCAAGUAUGGAGCCUUUGUCCGAACAGAAGACUUUGACAGUGAGUUCUUCAUGGGGCGGCUGAUCCGGAAACAUCCAGAGCCCAGGAUCUCCUAUCUGCAGGGAAUGUGGGGAAGUGCCUUUGCCGCAAGUCUGGAUGAUGUCUGUCUGAAGAUGGUUGGUUCAGGACUGGGCUUUCUAGAUUCUCUGAAAGAUGUAAUCAGAGUCAUAGAUGAUUGCCAAAGAUUCCAUUUUCGGGACCCCACUCGAUUAAAGACUCGUCUGGUUAUACCAGGGGGACCCUUAUUACAAAUUUGCCAGGAUUUCUUCAAGUCCCGUGUCACCUCUGGGGAAACCUUCAACUUCAUGCAAGGCUUGUACCUUCACAGGAAUUAUGUCAACAACAGGAAUUUUGUAGCCUGGAAAGGUACACACCUGGAUGCCUUUCCCAACCAGCUGACUCCCAUGGAAGACAGCCUGUACUUGGUGGAUGGUGGUUUUUCUAUCAACUCUCCCUUUCCCUUGGUGCUCCAGCCAGAGAGAGAUGUAGAUGUCAUCCUGUCAUUUAACUACUCUUGGGAUGCUCCAUUUGAGGUUUUACAGUUGACUCAGAAAUACUGUGAAGAACAGGAAAUCCCCUUUCCACAAAUCAUCUUGAGUGAGGAAGAUGAGAAGAAGCCAAAAGAAUGUUACAUGUUUGUGGAUGAUGAGAACCCAAAAUCUCCCAUCGUGCUUCACUUCCCACUGGUGAAUGAUACGUUCCGAAAAUACAAAGCACCGGGAGUAGAACGUGAGUCAGAAGAUGAGAAAUCCUUUGGUGACUUUGUCAUUGAUGGAAAAGACUCUCCUUACCGCACGCUAAAUUUCACCUUUGAGCCCUAUGACUUUGACAGGCUGGUGGAAGUGAACUGCUACAAUGUUCUGAACAACAAGGACAUACUCCUAAAGGCCCUAAAUUUGGCUCUGAGCAGGAGGAAGCUGAAGAAGGGCAAUGGGCAAUGAGAACUUUCUUGGCAUAGGACAUAGAUGGACUGCAAUGCACCAAAGGCAUAUGGUUCAAGUAGUACUCCUGGGGGAAUUCUGCACCACUGUGCAUGCAUAAUUAAUAAGCCACACAUUUUUAAUUUUUUUGCCCAGAAAAAAGCUUCUGCCUGAAAGUUGCUGCAGUUCUGCCUUUUGCUCACCAAGAGCGCUGUGGUGAUAGGACAGAGCAGCAGCUUCCGGCCAGCUCGGGAAGAGAGAGCACCUGCAGAGCCUUCUUCACAGCACCUGUUGGGCAAGGUCAGGAGACGGGGCUAUGGGGAGACAGACAGCGUGGGGCUGCUGGGGGUCAGACAGGGGCUUGUAAGGGCUAGUGGGGAAGGACAGACUGGGACAGAUGGUGAAUGGGUGUGCAGG